GAUUUUUAAGCUAACCUGAAAACAGCUGCUGAACUGCAUAAAUUCAUAAUAAUGAAAAUAAAUGAAUUUUAAUUUCAAAAUAAUAGCAGUGUUUCCACGUCCACUAACUACAGAUACUCAUAUCAUUUAAAUAUACGUAGCCUGAUAUGUAAUUUGCAAAAUAGAAUUUGGCAAGAUCCUUAGCUCUAAAAGAAGAAAUCAUAUGAAACUUGACAGUUUAGUAUUGAUUAGUUUCGCCCAGUCUGCAUUGCAGUUUGCAGUGUGUAUAAAACUUUAUUCCAUUUUUUAAACACUACUGAAGAAAUGGCUGUCUAUAAAGUUUCCAAGUGUCCAACAGAUGAAUUAUCAUUGUCUAACUGUGCCAUAGUCAAUGAUGCUGAUUUCCCUGGGGCCAAGCACAUCAAAGUGCACACAGGUGGUGGUCAAAACUUCCUCUUCUCCAUCAAAAGCCACUCCAGUGUUCCUUCACACCAUGUGGGGUUCAGUUUACCCCAAAGAAAGUGGGCAGUAUUAUCCCUCAAUCAAGAAAUCAAUGUUGAACCCUAUCAACCUACAGAAUAUAUAUCAUCCAUUGUUCUUGAGGCUGAUUAUAUGCAGAAAAAAACAACUUCACAGGAUCAGUAUGACUCUGAUGAGAUGGCCACAGAGUUCACAUCAAUGUUUCCUAAUCAGAUGUUCACUGUUGGUCAACAGCUAGCUUUUUCAUUCAAGGACAAAAAACUGCUUCUGCUAGUCAUAAAAGAUAUAGAAGUGGUUGAAGCUGCUACAAUAAAAUCUGGGGGUGAUGCAAAACCAAGAAAAGCAAAGCUGGGACAACUCAUACCUAAUACUGUUAUCCAGUUUGAGAAAGCUGAAAAUUCUGCACUGAACCUUGUAGGAAAAUCUAAAGGCAAAAUCGUGAGACAAUCGAUCAUCAACCCUGGCUGGGACUUCCGCACGAUGGGCAUCGGCGGCCUCACCGACGAAUUCAACGCCAUCUUCCGGCGAGCGUUCGCGUCUCGCGUCUUCCCGCCCGAGAUCGUCGAGCAGCUGGGCUGCAAGCACGUCAAGGGCAUCCUGUUGUACGGCCCGCCCGGCACCGGGAAGACGCUGAUGGCGCGCCAGAUCGGCAAGAUGCUGAACGCGCGCGAGCCGAAGAUCGUCAACGGCCCGCAGAUAUUGGACAAGUACGUGGGCGAGUCGGAGGCGAACGUGCGAAGGUUGUUCGCCGAUGCGGAGGAGGAGGAGAAGCGGGCAGGUCCGAACAGCGGACUGCACAUAAUCAUCUUCGACGAAAUAGAUGCCAUCUGCAAGCAAAGAGGCUCGGUGGCAGGCAACACUGGAGUCCAUGACACAGUUGUGAACCAGCUGCUAUCGAAAAUCGAUGGCGUAGAACAACUCAACAACAUUCUGGUAAUCGGCAUGACCAACAGGCGAGACAUGAUCGACGAGGCACUGAUGAGGCCAGGCAGAUUGGAAGUUCAAGUGGAGAUCAGUUUGCCUAACGAAGAAGGCAGAUUGCAGAUUCUAGAUAUACACACUCAUAGGAUGAAGCAGUAUAAGAAAAUUAGUCCCGACGUCGACCUCAAGGUGGAAGUUGAUCCCGAGGCCAUCGAAAAACUGCUGGUUUCCCGGAUGGACUUCUUACAUGCUCUCGACAAUGACAUCAAGCCGGCCUUUGGUACUGCUCAAGAAAUCAUAAAUCAGUUCUUGACCAGAGGCGUGAUCAAUUGGGGUCCUCCUGUGACAGGCAUCAUGGAAGACGGGAUGUUAUUCAUUCAACAGGCUCGUGCUACAGAUACAUCAGGAUUGGUUUCUGUUCUCAUCGAAGGCCCACCGAAUUCUGGAAAGACGGCCCUGGCUGCUCAGCUGGCCAGGAAUUCCGAUUUCCCGUUCGUCAAGGUGUGCUCUCCAGAAGAAAUGGUAUUUGAUGAUGCAUAUCGCUCGACGUUGAGCUGUAUCCUGGUAGACAAUAUCGAGAGGUUGCUGGAUUACGGUCCAAUCGGGCCGCGCUAUUCCAAUUUGACUUUGCAAGCUUUGCUGGUGCUGCUGAAAAAACAGCCGCCGCCAGGCAAAAAACUCUUGAUUCUUUGCACCUCGAGCAGAAGGCAAGUUUUAGAAGAAAUGGAAAUGUUAUCGGCAUUCACAGCAGUGUUGCAUGUGCCGAACUUGUCCAAAGCUGAGCAUUUAUUGAACGUUUUGGAAGCAUGUGACGUGUUUUCUAAUCAGGAAUUGAAGCAAAUAACUCAUCAGAUUCACGGAAAAAGGAUCUUCAUUGGUAUCAAGAAAUUGUUGGCUCUAAUAGACAUGGCAAGACAAACGGACGAACGUAUCAGAGUAGUGAAAUUCAUAACGAAACUGGAAGAAGAUGGCGCUCUCGAGGAUCCUGGUAUGGCAUAGGUAUCAAGGUGUUGCUAAAGUUAACAAUAAAUUCAAUUACCAAUCAGAGAAUCAACCACAGAAACAAAAAUUCUUUUAAAUAGUUAGUAUUGAAAACGCUUUCUAUCUCAAAGAUGCAAAAAAUAUUAAUUCGAUUGUCUUUGAUUGCACAGUCUGCAAAUCUUCUCUCCAUACAGGGUGUUACUUAUUACUCGAGGAAGACGAAAUGUUUCAGAAGUCUGGAAAAUCAAUCAAAUAAACAUUAAACAUGCGGAUACAAUAGUAAAUAAUAGUCAUUAAUUGAUCGUUGUAUACACUAUUUUUUUCUAUCACCAAUACAUAAUGAAAUAAAAACAAAAACAUUCAUAUUCCAUCUACAAUCCUUGAGUUCCGUUUACUUGCGAUAUAUUGUGAUUGAAUGUCAAUUGAAAUUUGAUUUCAACAACUCAAGCAUGUAUGUAAAAACAUGGACACAUUUGAUUGUACCCAAGUAUGUGUUUUUAUUGGCCAAAAAUUGGUUUCAUAAUGAAAGAUACCUGUUUUUAAUGGGACAAAAUCUGUUUCAUACCGAAAAUUCGGGUUAAAUAUUAUUAAUCCGGUAGCAGAUAUUUAAUGCGUGGAUAUAAUACGGAAGUAGAAAAAAAUUGAAAUCACUCCAAAAUAUUUCUAAGAAUUUGAAUAACGCCCUGUACUGUACGUAUCAACUGGGUAUGACCGUUGUAUGACAUAUACUUUCUCUUAUUGAAAUGGUGUGCAAUCAAAACUAAUCACUUGAAGUAUUUCUUUCAUUUAUUGUAUUGCCAUAUUCAGUUGAUAUCAGAGUAUUUAUAAGAUAAUAAAUUAUUAUUAUUUC